CACACUGCUUCCCUAAAGUGGUCAUACUCGCGCCGUGUGAGUUUAAUUGCUUGUCUCUGGAUAAACAACACCACGUUGUGUGUAACACUCUCCAGUUCUCACCCCCAUCUCCUGGCUGUUAGGGGUGUUGUGUGCAGACAGGAAACAUUAACCUCAUGCAGCAAUAGCAGGCUGCUUGUACACGUUGUUCUCAGGUUUGUUACUGCUCAUCAGUACGGCAUGGCUCGGCUGUCGAUCCAGGAUUUGAUGUGAUCAAAACUCUUCAUACAGUUCAUACAGUUAUAAUACUUCUGUUGACCUUGCACAUCCAGUUAGCCACACAGGAGAGUAGGUUGGAGGUCCCUACCCCCACAGCAUAUUAUAAACUCCUACCUAACAAGAACAAUCUGUGUGCAGGCCGGAGAGCCCAGACACUCAGGAAAACCGAAGGGGGAGGAGAACGGAGGAGAGGCAGUGGUUAAUGACAUCUUUCUUGCACUAUUCAGACAAACCUCUGCACUGAAACCUGAAACUACAGAAGUGGCGUGGUUCACCAAGCCGUCACAUGGACACUUUUUGCAGUGCUCCUUCUGAGUUUACUUCUUAACGGGUUUCGGUCACCCAACAACAGAGGGGGAAUACAUCUGCACUGCAGGAUCCUGAGAGGAAACGAUGCUCCCGGUGGUCCUUCGUCACAUCCAUCUGGCUGUCGGGGCCUGCUUCAGCAGCAGCCUAGCCACGCCUCUUUACAGCUCUCUAGAGGGAAGCACAGAUGAGGAGGAACUCGGCAACACCCCCAGUGCCUCUGUGUCCACCAGCAUCAUCUCCUCCACUGAAUACCAAACCACUCCAGCAGACCCAGUGCAAGAAGAAACCAAUUUCUUGAAUCAGCUUGGGAACUUCCUGGAGGAAAACAUGCUCCUCAUCCUCGUGGCAACCACUUUCGUCCUUCUUGUCUUUCUUAUCAUCUGUGGAGCGAUAUGUAUGAGCCACAGGCGCAGAGUGAACGCCUACUACCCUUCCUCUUUCCCUUUCAAAAUGUAUGUGGACCACCAGGACAAAACUGGUGGCACUAAGCCCUUCAAUGAAGUGCGAGAAAAAGUUGCUCCUGAGAAGGAAAUUGAAGCAGUGGAUUCUCACAAGCAACUUCAAGCUGACAUCAUGAGGGCUGCAAAGAGCCUGCGCACGCCAAAUAAAUCUGCUGAUACUCUGGAGAGAAAUGAGCCCUGUCAGAAAGUAGCAGACCACAGUUCCGAGGACAGCUUUAAUCCAGAUGCUAGUAUUGUGGACCGGCAGCUAUCAAGUCUCCAUGAGAAGGAGGAGUGUGAACUAUCUGACAGUGGAGCAGCAUCAGCAUCAAGCCCAAACCUGGAUCCUCCAGAGCAGCAGCUUCCAAGAGAGGUUGAUAUACCAGAGGCUUCAAUUGGCAAGAGUCUGCGGCCCUCCUCUCUCCACAUUCACAAUGACUCUGCUACACUUCAGCUCAUCGCUGGAGAGAAAACGGCUUUCUAAUAGCUCAAGUACAUGUUUAUGGAAGCACAUGCAGAAAACAAUUAUCCAUUCCACUCAAAAGUGUUUUCACCCUAAUGCAGAUGGAGUAGUGACUUAAUAUCAACUUCAUCCAAUUUCAUGGUAGCCUACAAAAACAUUUUAAUGAUUGUUAAGGAAAUUUGCACUCUACAAAGUUACAUCUGUUAACUACAGUAAGUUUUUCUUCUGCUUAACACCAACUAUAACCAAGACCGCUUUGAGCAAAUGUUUAUUCUUCGACAGCCUGAACAAACUUUUUCAUUUACAUCUUUGCAAAAUAAAAUUCAUAGAUUGUCAGUACACAUAAGCUACACUUUAUUUUUGUCAAAGAAGGAUGCACAGUGAUGUUAUCAAAAGCAUUCAUGAUUACCUUUAAGCUUCACUCUCUGAAGAGUUACUAGUAGUCUAUUGAACCAUCUUGCACAAAAACUUAGUUUAAUAAAUCUGAGUCUGAAGAAGAGCAAAAUACACUCGAAACAUUACGACGUAUUGAUGUGCUAAAUAAAUCAAAAGUGUGCGGUCUCCUCUCUUUUUCCUUUAAUAAAUCUUUUC